AUGAAAAAGAGAGUCACUAUAGCAACAGUAUAUAAACAUACCACGAAUCUUUAUCAUUCGUGUAAUAUUUCCAACAAAUUCACCAUUAUCGUAAUUAAAUCGAGACUGACAAGGAAGGGAGAUUUUGUUCAUUCUGAGCUCUUGUCUGAAUCUAUCACCUUCCAGCUCAUUCAUCAACCACCCCACUCUGCUUGGGGCACUGGGUAUAUGGCUUCUUGUACCCAAAUAAAUUUACUAACUAAUAGCCUGGUACAUGUCAAUCUCAGGAAUGUUAUUAGCAACAUUUUAUUCAAAAUAUUCGCCAAGAACUCUAUGUUCAAUCAAGCUUUGGGUGAUUCUGUCUUUGAUAGACUUAAGUAUAGCGGCUUCUUUCGACCCUAUCAGACAUGGGAUAUUCAAGAGGAUUUUAUGACCCAUUUUCAAUGGUUUUUUUUGGCCCAAAUUGCUAAAAGUUCGCACACACUCUCUCUCUGUAUUCUCAAUGUCUCUUUGGUCUGCGAUGUAGUCCGGCCUAUCUUAUUCACCAAAAACAUCAAAAACAAUAAAGAUAAAGCGCUCCAAUUAGGUGUUCGAGUAAAGGAGAAUCAAAAGGAGACAAGUGCUGGUGGUAUUAUAAUUACACGCUGA